AUGAAGUUUACUAUCAUCGCUGCUCUCGCAGUCCUGUCAGGAGUCCACGCCGCCGACUCUGCAUCUACAACAAUUACCUGCAGCUCUUGUCCCUCGGCCGUAACGACCCCUGAUAUCGUCACACGAUCCGCUCUCCCUACCACAUCCUGCACCGAGAAGCCUCUGGCUGUUGUGUCAAUGAACAAGGGCGACAGUGGAGCUGCUGCACCUACUGGCUCUGGUGCUGCUUCUACCCCUACAGCUCAGGUCCCCGUGUCUGGAGCUAGUAUCAAGAAGGGUAGCGUUGGUGGAAUGGCUGCGGCGGCUGUGUUGAUGGCUGUUUAUAUGCUUUAG